CAGCUGGUGGGUCAUACUGCAAAGAUCACACCAAAAGCUGACGACCAACACAGGACUCUUCUACUUACCACGACAGGCCAGCAUAUUCACCGUAUCUUAGGGCGUCCUUCUUGUUUCGCAGACACCACGAUGAUUCCGCGAAUCUCCAAGCGGUAUGCUAGUACUGUCAAACACAAACCUUGCAAGGGUACAAAGGGUGUAUAUGGCGUAACACCGGAGCAUCAACCCAUAUCGCCAGAGGAGCAGGCACGCAUCAUAAAGUGUCGCAUCGAGAAGGCCGAAAGAGAUGAGCCUAUGGACAUAACCAUGGCAUUGACUCCAGUCAAGACGUGAGUAUCUUUGUUGUGUUGUUCCUCAGUCUGUAAGUCCAUGGAUACGACGCCUUACCAUGCCAAUGGAGGCUCGCUUGCUGGUUUGGCUCCAUGAUGUCAUUAACGAUAUUCUUGGAACCGUUAUCGCCCGCGCCACCUUGAGUCUCCAUUUGUCCUCGCUUGCUCAUAUAUUUUCUCAUCAUGCUCAUAUUUUUGUCUCGAUCCUAAUUAUUCCGCUCUUCACCAGGUACAUGGGAGGUUUUACCCACUCCCGCGACUUACGUGCUCUGUAUUGGUCGAAGGAUAGCCCCUACGAUGAACAGAAGAAGUCAUAUGAAACACCCUCUCCUGCAGCUUACGUCCCUCACACCGUUUGGCAACAAAUCCGAGCCUUCCACUCAUCAGCGCGUCGCCCCUAUCCCUCCGAGUCGUACAACGAAGAACACGUUGUCCCCAACUUUUACAUCAAGCACAAAAAAGAUCGCAAGCACCAGGUGGACAAGCUGAUGAAAUCAUCUGUCACACCGUCAACCACUUCUCCAUCCGCCACGGAUACCGCUGGUCUUGAUGUUGCAGCUGCUGAAGAAGCUAUUCACGAUCCGACCCGACAAACCAAAGCCGUGAAGAGACGCAAGCAUGAGGAGUCUGCACUCAUGGAACAUCUCUCAGACUCUAUUCUUGGCGACGACCUUGUGGCCAGCACACGUCGCCUUGUCAGCAAGAUCCCUGUCGAGCACUACGACAAUGAUGGCUUUCUUGUGCACCCGAGCGGGUUUGUCGUUCCUGGAAAGGGUCACACCAGCACUAGUGAUGCUGCACGUGCCAAAGAGCACGCGAGAGAUGAGGAUGAAGAACGCGCUGCACAGACAGCCUCAGUAGCUGAACGCGUCCUCGAAUCCGACUUCGAUCAUGUGCAUUCUGCCAUGGCGAGUACGCGCCCGCGUUCUCAUAAGGUUCCCUUCGAAAUUAGGGAGCCUGACGGGACGGUGAAACACCCGAGCGGCUUCGUUCCUCCAACUCCCGCCGACGAGUUCAAGUAUUCUGACAGUGCCAGUCUUGAACGGGGCCUUGCGGGUGCUAUCAGCAGACAACGCGCCCGUGAUGUGGACAACAAGAACUCCACAAUCAUAAAGGGCCGUCGCCUGCACACCACAGCCGUUGUGCGUGCAAGCGAGGUGGCGAUUCCAACCCAUCUCAUGCAGCCUGUGCCUGCUCCUGAGAUUAACUCUCAGGCUUCAUUAGAGCUCUCCGAAAGCGAGCCAGACCAUGUUGGCGCUAUUCGCGCCAAAUACCUUCCAACCCUUGCACAAGAGUCUUUUUUUCGACCCCACGCGGUAGAGCAAGACAAUUCUGAUGUGCUUGUGGAAACGAGGGGAGCCGGAGAAGCGUAAGGUGGAGAGGAGGCUCGUGAUUGUUACGAGAUUGUUGGCGAAGGUCGUGCUGGGAACGGAAUGGGUUGUGUUGCUCUACAGACGGCUGGUCAUAGAGAUUGUAUUUGUAUCAUACCCAUCAUCACACUUGUGUUCUUACAGUACCAUUCAAAUCUUGUUUACAUUCGCAUGCAUUCAUUGUAAAUGAUAUUCGCUGCCAGUGGGCGAUGAUAUUCUAAA